AGUAAUCACGUCUCCCUUUUAUCAUAUUUAGUUCAGAGUUUGAUUUAAGUGUUGUAUAUAGAAAUGAAACCAUCACAAAUCUUUGUAAAACUUGUCAACAUCGUUGCCCUUGUAGGAUAUAUACUUAACGUUGUAGUCCUAUUGGAAGGCACAACAUCGGCUCUUCAAAAAGUAAACGGUGUUUUUCACUUGUUUCUUAUUGUCUUUCUUUUGACUAUUGAGACUCAGGAACCAGCACCUAAUGUUGAAUACCUGGGACUUUAUAAAUAUUGGUUUGGUCGCGGACUUUUUUUCAUCUGGGUAUCUAUGAUCUUGUUAAAUGAUUCUGUUGUUUCAGUCGUAGGAUCUUCCAUUACCGGCUUAACGGGUAUUGUUUUUGUUUGUAUUGGCACGUUGCAAAAUUGUUGUUGUGGAAACCGACAUGAAGAGAGCACCUAUGUAGCAUUGGAUGAACCUGAAAGUUCAACUUAUGCCGUUGAAGUUCCAGACUAUCAACCAUCUCUUCCUUCAUACACAAAGAGAGACCCAAGAAGAGUUUAAGAUAGUGUACAUAUAUGGAUAAUGAAUAAAAGAAAUUGUGAUAUUCCUUAUUUUAUCUCUUUAGCAUUCAUUAUUGUCUUGCUAGCCAAAAUUCUUUUGCAUAAAAUAAAAAAAGGUAAAUCUU